AUACCACGUCACGAAGUCAUCAGUUGUCAUAUCACAUCGCGAUAUUUUUGUAGGUCUUUUGGGUGUGUGCUUUCUUCAUGUGUGUUGUGCUACAUAUGUGGAUUAUUAGGUGAUAUUCCUCUUUUACCGGAUAGUGAUCCCAAGCCGCAAACAUGCCGAAAUCAAUGAACGUCCGCGUGACGACUAUGGACGCGGAGCUGGAGUUCGCGAUCCAGCAGACGACGACCGGCAAGCAGCUGUUCGACCAGGUCGUCAAGACGAUAGGACUGCGAGAGGUCUGGUUCUUCGGCCUCCAGUACACCGACUCCAAGGGGGACCUCACCUGGAUCAAACUCUACAAGAAGGUGAUGCAACAAGACGUCAAGAAAGAGAACCCGCUCCAGUUCAAGUUUCGCGCUAAAUUCUAUCCCGAGGACGUCGCGGACGAGCUCAUACAGGAGAUCACGUUGAAACUGUUCUACCUACAAGUGAAGAAUGCGAUCCUCUCAGACGAGAUCUACUGUCCGCCGGAGACCUCAGUACUGUUGGCGUCGUACGCAGUACAGGCUCGUCACGGAGACCACAACGCGGCCGCCCACGGACCAGGCUUCCUCGCCAACGACCGACUCCUGCCGCAGCGGGUCACCGACCAGCACAAGAUGUCCCGCGAGGAGUGGGAGCAGAGCAUCACGAACUGGUGGCAGGAGCAUCACGGCAUGUUGCGGGAGGACGCCAUGAUGGAGUACCUGAAGAUAGCGCAGGACCUCGAGAUGUACGGCGUCAACUACUUCGAGAUACGGAACAAGAAGAACACGGAGCUGUGGCUGGGAGUCGACGCCCUGGGUCUCAAUAUAUACGAGAAGGAUGACAAACUGACACCCAAAAUCGGUUUCCCGUGGUCCGAAAUCCGCAACAUAUCUUUCAACGACCGCAAGUUCAUCAUAAAGCCGAUAGACAAGAAGGCUCCCGACUUCGUGUUCUUCGCGCCGCGCGUUCGUGUCAACAAACGUAUACUGGCGCUGUGCAUGGGCAACCACGAGCUGUACAUGAGGCGCCGCAAGCCCGACACCAUCGACGUGCAGCAGAUGAAGGCCCAGGCCCGGGAGGAGAAGCUCGCCAAGCAGGCGCAAAGAGAAAAACUGCAGCUGGAGAUCGCAGCUCGAGAACGUGCGGAGAAGAAACAACAGGAGUAUGAAGACCGGCUCAGACAGAUGCAGGAGGAGAUGGAACGGUCACAGGCCAACCUGAUCGAGGCCCAGGAAAUGAUUAGACGGUUGGAGGAGCAGCUGAAGCAGCUGCAGGCCGCCAAGGAGGAGCUGGAGCAGCGACAGAACGAGUUGCAGGCCAUGAUGCAGCGCCUCGAGGAGACUAAGAACAUGGAGGCGGCGGAGCGACAGAAGCUGGAGGAAGAGAUCGCCGCCAAGCAGCAGGAGGUGUCCCGCAUCCAGCAGGAGGUGGAGGCCAAGGACUCGGAGACCAGAAGGCUGCAGGAGGAGGUGGAGGAAGCGCGUCGCCAGCAGGACGAGGCCGCCGCUCUCCUCGCUGCCGCCACCACGCCGCACCAUCACCACUUGCAGGAGCGCGGCGACCAGAGGGACGACGAGGCCGUGUCCGCAGAGGGCUCGGGCUCCGAGGCCGGCUCCGAGGCUGAGGACCUCGGCCGCGCCCCCGACGACCUCGUGGACCCGCUCGCUGACAGACGCACGCUCGCCGAGCGUUCGGAGAGACUACACAACCAGCUGAAGGCGCUGAAGCAGGACCUGGCGCAGUCUCGCGACGAGACCAAGGAGACGGCCAUGGACAAGAUACACCGCGAGAACGUGCGCCAGGGACGGGACAAGUACAAGACGCUCAGGGAGAUCCGCAAGGGGAACACCAAGCGCCGCGUCGACCAGUUCGAGAACAUGUAGACGUGACCGCACUCGACCGGACCGGACCCGACCGGACCCGGACCCGACCGGGCCGGGCCCGGGGACCGGCAGUGUAAAUAUUGAUUAUUAUUACUUAAUAGUAAUUUUAUUUUAGACUAUAAUGUGCUAUAAUAACCGAAUAUGUAAACAUCUCCGAGUACCGUCGACUUACACAGCUCGUUUGUUUGAUAACGUUAUUUGUGAGUGAUCUUUAUGUCAUCUGCCUCUGUUCCGGCGCCGCCGGGAGCGCGCUCCCUCUCCGUGUCCGCGGUGCGAGCCUCGCACUCGGCCGAGCCGCUCCCGGCCUGUUCUGUUUUUCUGUUUAAGGACCUAAGUGUCGAACACCAAUAUUUUUGAAAAAUUUUAAAUUUACUACUAGUUUUGCUCAAAAGUGUAAUAAGUGUCCGAAAUGUCCUGAGUAGUAGUGGGGGUGAAAGGGGGGGGCGAUGGCCCUUAUUUAUUUUUAUAAUCAUUUAUAUUUUAGAUAUAGGAGUUAGAGCUUCAAGUGUAAUUAUCGUCUUCUUUGAAUGGGUUAGUUCUGUACCUUCAUUCCCGUUCCGUCAUGUUCCGUUCGUUUCUUCUCGUAUUCUGCUCCCCGGCCGUCCGGGGGGAGCCGUUCGUCACGGAUUGUUAUUUCUGAACAAAAUUCUAAAUCUCCUUUAUUUUUACUGUAUGCUUAUAGGAUGUGUAUAAUGUUAUUUUUAAGUGUAUUAAAGGCAUUCCAUGAGGAACGAUGCGGUGGCGUGUACUUGGUUUUUGAUUAAUAAAAAGAGGAAAAAUAAUGUUUCAAUAUUAUUUGUACGUGUUUUUAAACAAUAAGUGCCAUCCGUCGCAUAGGCCGCCGACCCGGACACGACGCGACCGGCCGCGCCGUGCCGUGUCGUGUCGUGUCGGGUCGUCGUGCCGCUCCCGUCUCGUAUAGUAACAGUAUUUAAUGAUACAACUUAUCGUUAUUUCUAAAAAUAUACAAUACCACGUUGCCUUUCUACCUAGGAUGAAAUUUUUUCCAAUAAAAUGUUUAAGUAAAAA